GUCCACCGGACACUCUGUCUAUCCCCGUCUCUACUCUAGAAACAUCCCUUUAGCAUUGAUGCCCACCUCCUCUUGACAACUCUUCCCACCUGAGAUCUCUGUGCCCACACUCCCACAUUAUCUCACACCUAUGUCUUUGCGACAGGUGGACAGAGGUGGCAAGCGAGCGCAGCUGAGUUGACUUAACCAACCCAGUUCACGGCUUGGCAAAGAUCCAUUGGGUGGAUUCGUCUGUUGACGUUCUGAAAUCCUGUUUUGAGUGUUUUUUUUUUUUUUAGUCAGCCGAGUUAGCUGACUUUUUUGGCUGAUUUUUCUUUAAAGAAUCUUCUUCAUCUGGUGGCGAGCCUCAAGUGAACAGUCACCAUGUGGGAGUUCCGGUCCAUGAAUUUUUGGCGGGCAGUCUUCGCAGAGUUCUUCGGGACCAUGUUCUUUGUAUUUUUUGGCAUGGGUGCUGCCCUGCGCUGGACCACCGGGCCUCAUCAUGUCCUUCAUGUGGCCCUGUGCUUCGGGCUGGCAGCUGCCACUCUUAUUCAGUCCAUCGGCCACAUCAGCGGCGGCCACAUUAACCCUGCCGUCACCUUUGCCUACCUUAUUGGCUCACAGUUGUCUCUUUUCCGCGCCAUUUUCUACAUGGUCGCCCAGUGCCUGGGUGCUGUGGCUGGGGCCGCUGUGCUGUACGGGGUCACGCCCGGCAACAUGAGAGGCAACAUGGCGAUGAACACGCUGCAGCCGGGCAUCAGUCUGGGAAUGGGCACGACUGUGGAGGUUUUCCUCACCAUGCAGCUUGUGGUGUGCAUCUUCGCCGUGACUGAUGAAAGGAGAAACGGACGCCUGGGAUCUGCUGCCCUGUCCAUCGGCUUCUCUGUCACCAUUGGACAUCUCAUGGGGAUGUACUACACCGGUGCUGGGAUGAACCCUGCCAGGUCCUUUGCCCCUGCUUUGCUCUUCAGGAACUUCAUCAACCACUGGGUGUACUGGGUUGGGCCAAUGAUAGGAGGUGCAAUGGGCGCCCUCCUGUACGAUUUCAUGCUCUUCCCACGCAUGAGAGGUCUGUCCGAGCGCCUGGCCACGCUGAAGGGCAGCCGGCCCCCCGAGAGCGAGACCCAGCAGGACACCCGCGGGGAGCCCAUCGAGCUCAAGACGCAAGCCCUAUAAACCGGCCCCUGUCCCCUUCUCCGACUGGGGCCGAGGGAUGAGGGACAAGGCCCUGAGCUACGCCAACCCCACCUCCACUGCCCCCCAUGCCUUCACACAACAUCGCAAAAAUACUAACCCAAACACUCACAUCUAGACUAACAUGAUAAGAUUGUUUUUCCAAUGCCACUGUAAAAAACAUCAACACACAAACAAACAAAGUUCACAACCUUCAACCUCAACACACAACAAGACUCCUCUACCCCCCAGUCCUCACUCUGUAUUCUGAACUGGACAUUGUGUUUUUGAUAUAUGGUGACCAGAGCCUGAACCAGCAGCCCCCCCCCCCCAUCCGCCCGCCUGCUUCCUCCUCUCAGCCAGGCCUUCAUCUGGGACUCAGAGGAGCACCCUGAAAUUGAGCAGAGAGGGUUCGGGAGGCAGGUGUUGGAAAGGGGGGAGGGAGGCCGAGGGCAGGAUGAGGGUGAGCCGGGGAUGUGGGUAUGAUAUGAGAAGGGUAAGAGGGCAUGGGGCAGGUGGAGGGUGGAGCAAAGGGGUGGGGGUUGGGGUUUGGGUAGAGAGGGCAACACUCUGGGUUUGUGGUCGUUUCAAGUUGGGUUAGACCAGUGAAGAUGGGCAUGCUUUUCAAUAUUCAUUUGAAUUUAUCUCCAUUUUAGUUCUUUUUUUUUAAGUUAAUUUUGUUUUCUGCACUUCAGACACAAGAUGUGGAUGUAUGAUACCAUUACAUUUUACCAAGGUUUCAUCAUUUUCAACCACUACAUUUUAUCUGUGGGUUUGUGUUUGUGUGUGUGGAUACCUCUGCAGCAUGUGUGUGUGUGUG